AUGCGAAAUUUGCAAGUUCUGGACUUGUCUUAUAAUAAUUUCUCUGGAGAAAUUCCCGAAGAACUGAUCGCUGGCUGCGAUUUGAGUCAAUUAGGAGUGCUGCAGUUGAAGGACAAUUACUUCAGUGGGAAUAUGUCGAAUGUGAGACCAGAAGGAAGGGUACUAGGAAGUCUUUAUUUGUUAGACAUUGGUUACAACUUCAUGACGGGGAACAUCGGUAGCUGGAUCGAUGCUUUUCUCAAUACUACACAACUUUUGGUGUUGAACUUCAAAGAUAACGACCUCUCCGGGACCGUUCCCGAUAUGAUCGGCUCGCUGAGUAGCUUGAGAGUUCUGCUGUUGAGCCAGAAUCGCCUGACCGGUUUGAUUCCGGAGGAAUUGUGUCGAUUGAAACAAAUAAGCAUGAUGGAUCUUUCCAUCAACUCCUUCUUCGGGUCAAUUCCCUCCUGUUUCCAGGAUAUCGGCUUUGGAAAGAUCGAGCCUCGGUAUUUCGACAUUUCACAUGAAAAAGUUUCUAAUGAAUGGGAUUGCACCACAUAUUUCAGAUAUGAAACUUUAAAGAAGGGAUACAAGCUCCAUAGCACUGCUGAACAAUCUGUCACACAUGUGGAAGUUGAUUUCUUGACGAAACAUAGAUCAAGCACCUACAAAGGUAGUAUUCUAAAUUUCAUAUCGGGUUUAGAUCUGCCAUGUAACAAUCUCUCUGGUCGGAUCCUGAACGCUAUCGGAAAUCUAUCCUGGAUCCACGCACUGAACUUGUCCUACAACAUGUUCGCCGGACCGAUCCCGAAAUCUUUCUCCAAUCUCACCCAAAUCAAAAGCUUAGACCUCUCCCACAAUGCUUUGAGCGGAGAAAUCCCUUCGUCUCUGAUCAAUCUAUACUUCCUCGAAGUGUUCAGUGUGGCCUACAACAACUUGUCGGGUAAAAUCUCGGAUACGAAAGCUCAAUUAGGGACUUUCGAUCGCAGCUGUUACGAAGGGAUUCGAUUUCUCUGUGGACAGCCAUUGAACCAAAACUACAGCACCGAAUCACCACAUCCUCUGAUGAAAUCUGUGGAUCAAAGGAGAAAUGGUAUGGCAUUGAUGCUAUAG